AUGUCCUGCCCAGCUGCAGCGGAGGGCGAGUGGGAGCUCGUGGGCGGAAUGCAGAAGCUCGACCUGUCGAGCUCGUCGGUGGCGCUGCAGCGGCCUGCGCCCGGGGACGAGCACUUUCUGCGAUCUCCCAUGCCGGGCCUCGCUCCAGAGGUUCGCCUGUUCCGCUGCACGGUCACGCCCCGGUUGGCAUCGCCCCCGGUCGAUGUCCUGCACGUGCACACGGACGUCGUGAUCACCGACGCGUCGGGCUCCACGCGCAUGUCGCUGCAGGGCGGCGGCCACAGUCUUCUUGGGGGCGGCGGUGGCCGCACGGUCCGCUCGGAGCUCAACCGCCAGGAGGAGCGCCGCUUCCUGCGGCGGCUCGAGAGCAUCCCUCUCCUGGUGCAGAGCGGCGUUCUCCGAGCGCAGGACGUCUGGCGCCAGGUCUUCUGCGCCUUCGACCACUCCGUCAGGGAGUACUGGAGCUUCGAGUGCAGGGCGGGCGACGUCAGCGCAGAGCUGGUGCGGGCUGUGCAGUCUCUCGCGCAGGGGUCGGGCGGCACGCUCCAGGGCCGGCGCGGGGAGCUCGGCGCCGUGCAGGCGGGAGCAGCACAGCUGCUGGACUCGGUGGUGAAGACGCUGGAGACUCUCCGGCGCCUGGAGCCUGGCGGUGCCACUUCGUUCCAGGUGGCCGCCGACCACGUGGCCUCGUGCUACGCGGAGGAGGUCCAGGCGCACGUGCGGGCCCAUCCCAAGCUGUGGAAGACCGCGUUCGUGAACUGGGACACUGACGGGGGCAACAACCGCGGCUCCUGUUACCAGGCUGUGCGACAGCUGCGGGAGCGCGCCGACGUGGUGGGUGGCUUCGUGAUGGGCAUCGGCGCCUGGGUGGACCAGGAAUGCGCCAUGCGCCUGGCCAAGAUCCUGCGCGGGCCCUGCGUGCUGAGCCUGGACUUCCCGCCCGAGGACGCGCAGGACGCGAUCUUCCGCAGGGAUCUCCACCACUGGCUGCAGGCCAUGAAAACCAUGCCGCUCACAGCCACCGUGUCCGCAGGCUCGGUGCCGUGGGAGGCGCGCCACGGCACGCGCUGGGAGAACGCGGUCGACUGCCUCGCUGCAGUGCUCCCGGGAAGCAGUGUGGGCUCAGACGCCCAGCAGCCGAGCUUCGAACUACCAGACGUGAGCGAGAUGGACCACACGAAGGCCGCUCUCAAAGGACUCAGCGCGGGCCAGCCCGUGGUGCUUUACCUCAUGUCCAGGCUCCCGUUCGACGAGCUCGCCCGCAGGCUCCGCGUGGACUUCUCCACGGGGGGCCCCGCUGCCGUCGCCUGCGCGGACGAGCAUGCGAGCGGCACAAUGCUGGCGCACGACUGGAUGCAGGUGCUGAGCGGGAGGGGCUGUGCGGUGCAGCGCAACAGCCACUCCCUGGUGCCGCGCGUGCAGCAGCUGCUCGAGGAUUCGCUCUCCUUCAACUUCAAUCUGCCCUCCGCCUCCGGGUCCACCGCGCGCCUCGGGCGCGCGAAGACGGACCACCGUACGCCCGUGCCCAGCGAGAGGCAGCCGAAGGAGCCGAGCAUCAACCUGACCGUGGAGCACGGGGAGGCGAUGGACGCCCCGGACGAGUCUGACGACGAUGGGUGCGUCGUGGCGAAGCCGAGGAGGUCGGCGAAGAACGUGAUGUUUGGUGGCUUCGGCGCAGUUUCGCAGCCGCAGCACGGCGGGCUCUUCGGUGCGGCGCCACUGUCACAGCCGCAGCAGCAGCAGGGCAGAGCGCCUAUUUCACCCGCGGCAGCCUGCGCGGCAGCUCCUAUGUCCAGAGGCAUCGUGCCAGGAAGCCGUGGCGGCGCCGCCACAGGCAGCGGCCCGUUCGGCGCCGCCACCGGGGUCGGCCUGUUCGGCGGCGCCGCCCCGGGUGGCUUCGGCGGCGCCGCGCCCCAGGGCGGCGGCCUGUUCGGCGGCGCAGCCCCGGGUGGCUUCGGCAGCGGCCUGUUCGGCGGCGCAGCGCGGGGGCAGGGCGGCAAGGAGGCAGCGGUGGCGCGUUCGGGCCCUUCUUCGGCGGCCAUAACGCGACGGGGCCGGUGA